CGAUUGACCUUCGGUUCGCUAAGCAGUGGGUUCUUUUUCAGCCUCUGUAAGUCACCCUAACCUGUUGCGCAUGUGCACUGGACUACAAUACCCACAAUCCCUUUAUGGGAUUUGUGGCUCAGAGGUUGGAACUGUGUGCUGUUUUCGAACGCAUUCAAGGAGAAGCGGAAGGGCAGAGUCGCGCCUGGUGUCGCGGCCGGUGUGGUGUAGAUAACGGGGAAGAGACCUACAGGCACCGCGGUUGUGUCACGUAGGAAGACAUUUUGUUCUGCUUUGGAAUUGGGUUUUUGUCCAUUUAACAGCAGCCAGAGGAGCGCAAGUUGUGAAUGCCGCAUUUGAUUUUACACCUAAGAAACUCACCUUUCUCAUAAAAGCGGGAAGUUUACGAGAGAAGUUUUACGCCUGCGGAAGAGCUACUAGUGCUUCAGCUCAUAUCAAUUUUACGCGCUAAACGACCUUAUUUAUCUUUAGCAUUAUCAGCAGCUCAGAAAAGGUUAGGCGAAGGUUUUUGCCUUAUGUACAGGCUGUAGUAGCGGUAUGUGGAACCUGAAAUUGUGUACAGAAUUUGGGUUCUGUGCAUUCUGGGGAGAAGCUUUACAGCUUUCAUGAGCUUCUCCAACAGGUGAAGAUCCUAAAAAAAUGUUAAGGUCUGCAGCCUAGCGCCACUGCUCCAAAAUAUUGUUUAGGAGGCGCACUCAGACUAUCAUGCUGUGUUUCUGUCUGUGAAAAUAGAAGCCUUAGCAAAUCCUUGUUUCUUGAGAUUUUUUUUUUAAUGUUUAUUUUUUUGAGAGAGAAGAGCGAGCGUGUGGGAGAGCGGCAGAGAGAGAGAGAGAGGGAGACACAGAAUCUGAAGCAGGUUCCAUGCUGUCAGCACAGAGCUGGAAGCCGGGCUAGAACCCACAAACUGCGCUAUCAUGACCUUAGCUGAAGUCAGAUGGUUCACCAGCUGAACCACCCAGUCACCCCUUUCUUGAGGAUUUCUAUUUCAUCGUCCUUAGCUAUAUAAAAGAAUACUAAGACACCCGGGUUCAGAGUAUUAUUUGAAGUGUUAAGAAACCAGCAAGAAACUGCUACAAAGAAAAACAUUUUCAGAAUAACCAGGCCUUAGGGUACCUGGGUGGCUCAGUAGGUUAAGCUUUUGAUUUCAGCUCUGGUCUUGAUCUCCAGGUUGGUGAGUUCCAGCCCCGCCUUUGGCUCUGUGCUGACUGCUCAGUCUGGAGGCUGCUUUGGAUUCUGUGUCUCCCUUUCUCUCUGCCCCUCCCUCCCCUUCUCACAGUCUGUCUCUCUCUCUCUCUCUCUCUCUCUCUCUCGCAAAAAAUAAACAUUAAAAAUUUUUUUAUAUAAAAACAUUACAGAAUAACCAGGUCUUUUUAUAUAUUCUCCAAGAUUAAGUGUCACAUCGCUUGGGAUGCAUAAAAUUUUGAAAAAAAGUAUCUGACCAUUCAUAUACUUGCCAUGUGGAUCCAAAAAUUGACAUUUUGCCACAAUUAAUUUAUUUCUUUUUUCUCUAUAUAUGCUUUUUAAUCUAAAACAUUUAAAGUAAGUUGCAUUUGUUACUUUUCAUUGCUAUGUACUUAAAGAAUAAGGACUUUCUCCUAAUAACCAUAAUGCCAUUUCUAAGGAAAUUAGCAGAAUUACAUAAUCAAAUAUCUAUUACAUACUCAGAUUUCCUUGUCUUAUAAUUGCUUUCUGUAGCUGAUACUAAAUUUUUUUUUUUUUAAUUCUUGAGAGAGAGAGAGAAAGAGAACAUUAGCUAGGGAGAGGGGUGGGCGGAGGAAGAGAGAGAGAGAGAGAGAGAGAGAGAAAGAGAGAGAGAAUCCCAACCUGGCUCCACACUCAGCACAGAGCCCCGACGAGGGGCUCAAUCCUGCAACCCUGGGAUCUAGACCUGAGCCGAAAUCAGGAGUCAGACUCUCAACCGAGUGAGCCACCCAGACACCCCUGUAGCUGAUAUUUUGAUAUUUUUUUUCACCAUCCAGGAUCCAGUUGAGGUUUAUACAUCACUUUUGGUUGUUUGACUUUAUGCUUUUGUUUAGUCAAGAGCAUAGGAAAAUUUCUGUAAAAGGAGAUUUUACAUACUGUUGAUGCAUGUGAACCAGUUGGUAUUAAGGUUUGAGGGGAAUGGUGAUAGUACGUUUCUUUUGGCUUCUUCCCUUUAGAAGCUCAAAGAUACUACCCAGUUCUGAUAUUUUUUCAGGUUAUUUCCUGUUAAUCUAGAUCCAUUAACAACAUUUGUAAUUAUGAGGAAGGCCAGGUAGAUUCGGAAAGGAAUUCAUACUUGUUUUCACUUGAAUGCUAUUCUUUAAUGUCUUUGGAGGAGUAUUCUUAUGCAUGUGCUUGUGUUUUUCCUACAUAGAAAGAAUUUUUUCUUGUAUCAGAUGAAUAUGCUUAUAAAUUGCCAUAAAUUGUGUGGUCUGUUCUUUUUUUGUGAAAUUUGGAUAUAAUGGCCUUAGCUGGAAGUUAGCAUUGAUGAGGGAGCAUAAGGCUAGCUAAGGGCCAAGCACAAGCUAGCACCACCCCCCUGCCCCCAAAUAUGUGAUAUCCCUCAGGCACUCUUGGCUGCCCAAAAACAAAGGAAAAAAAAACAAAUGGUUAACUGAUAGAGAUCACAGUCAUACAGGACAUGGGUCUCCAUCAGUUUACAAAUACCUUGGUACAAUUACAAAAAGGGGGCAAUUUUAUCAAUAGCCUGAAGUCCAGGAACUCCCUACUAUCAUAAUGUUAAUGCUUUGUUAGAGGGAAAAGCAAUCUUAGUUUGACAAUAGCUAGGCCUCCAUGGAUUUUGUGAGUCUUUAGAAUAUGAAAAUCCCAUUGGAAACUUCCCCUUGACUUUACUUCCCACACACAACUCCCAGGUAUAUAACCAGUCACUCUUCACAACCCCAGUGCAGCUCUUUCUGCCCACAGCUCUGUCCCUGUGUUUUAGUAAAAUCACCUUUUUGCACUCAAGUUGUCUUCAAGAAUUUUUUCUUGGCCGUCAGCUCUGAACCCCCACCAUCACCACUAAACCUCAUCAGCAUGGUUCAACAAAAUGUAGCCUGGCAUUCAAGGUUCUCCAUAGUUUGGCCUUCAGCUACCUCUGUGUGAGAAGUCCUCCUGCGAGAGAGGAGACAUCUCCCACCCCGGUUUGCGUGCCCUUUCCACGGACAGGCCCCUGGUCCCUGUAGAAUCCAUGGAGCUCAAGAUUUUUGCAUUCGGAGACAGAAGAAGUGACCCUGGGGAAAACAAAAAAGGCACCGCGGCAACCUGGUAACUCUGUGCACAGACCAAGGUAGGAAAAUUGGACUAUAAGUAUUGCCUGGGGGAUGGGAAAUUGUGAGAGGCUGAGUGUGUGUGACUGAGACCUAUUCUAGAUAUGAAGGGAAUGUGGAGUCUAGAUCUGUGGUUCAGUUCUCCCGCAAAGAAAACAGGUGGAGAUGUACAAAGUUGGUUCUGGAGAGUACAGGAAACCUCCAUUAAGGGGCCUUUGGUGCCCCCAGGGAAACUCAGGAGCAGGAUCUAGCCUGGUCUAGGAUGGGGAACAAAAAUUCUAGGCCUAGGGGUAAGGGAAGAGAAACCCACAAAGAGGUGGGGUCUCUUCAUAUUCCCUCAGAUAGUCUACUGUAGUACAGAGAGGAUACAGGGAAUAAGGACAAACAUAAAAUGAUCAAAUUCUGCUGCUUUGUUUGGACUAAAGACCCAGUUAAAGGGCCAUCUGUUUUUUGGCUCAGAGGAGGACUGGGUCCAUCAGGCCCUAGUCCAUUAUGCAAAUGAUAAAAGUUCUAGUACACUGGAGGAAAAGGAUUAUGCUGAGACUGAGGAAACAUGGGAUCUUCAUCAGUCCCCAAGGACUCUCCUUGGAAUGCCUUCUAACCCAUUGGAAUGAAUUCAUAUUGCAAGGUUGAAAAAACAAACAAACUCAUCUUUUGUAAUACUGGCCUCAAUACUCCUUAGGAGAUGAGAAAAAAAAAAAAAAAAGGUCUAUUAACGGGACACUAAUGAUUGUCUAAACCGGCCUCCUCUGGUUGCUGGUGGAGAUGUAUGUGGGGCAUUCUCCCUCAUUCAUUUCCUGGGUUAAUGACUAUGAUAAUCAGAGCCAAUUGUCUGUGGUUAGUCUAUCUCAGGAGAGAGACUUUAAGGAAUAAUCCCAAGCAGCUGCUGAAACUCCUUCCUUUUGAGGAAAUUCCCUGUCUUCUCAGGCCUGACAUAGACUCCAUAUUUCCACUUUGGUGGGGAAAAAAACCCCGAACAAACAUGGUACCUGCUCCUCUGUCCAAGCUGACAACCAGAAUCAUUCUCUGCCUUCUGCUAGCACCUGUCCUCUUCUGCCUUCCCCUUCCCCUCCUCCUGAUUCUGCCCCACCUAAGGGUGAGGUCUGCAUAACUGAUUCUAUAUACUCCUUGGUGACUUCAGCAUCAUUGGCUCCUCCUCACACCCUCAUUGUCAAGGAAUGAAGAGCACCCACUUGAACCAUCUACUUCAGAUUCCCCCACUGGUGUCCCUGGUAAAAACCGACAAUGGGGAGCAAGUGAUUGACUUUUAAGUGGAUGCAGUUGAAACAUAUUCAGCGUUUAAACUAAUUUAAGUUUGUUGGUUUGAGAUAGACAUGUAUUUAGAGUUAUCAGCAUUAAAUAUGAAACUUACUCUCCUGGCAAGGGUGUUCAGCCAGCUGAGUAAAAGUUUGCCAGAGUAGACCCUGAUUAGGACAAUAAUGAUCCUGGGGACAGGGUUAAGAUGCAGGAUUUAAGAGCUAAUAAUCAAAGGAAUCAGGGAAUCAGCUCCAAGAUGUCAGAAUGUUGGCAAGGCUUUUGAGAUACUGCAAGAGAAGGAGGAAACCCCAGCUGUUUUCUUACAGAGGCUUAGAGGUCAAAUGAAAUAUUCAGGCCUAGAUCCAGAGAAACUAGUGGGGCAGAGUGUCCUGAAGAUUAAUUUUAUCACUAGAAGUUGGCCUGAUAUUGCCAAAAAGUUACAGAAGAUGGAUGGAUGCAAUGAGAAGCAGAAGAACUGCUCAGGGAGGCACAAAAGAUAUUUGUAAAGAGGGAUGAGGAGAGACAAAAACAGUUAAGAUUAUUGUGACUAUUGUGGAGAAAAUGAUUGAGAUGAAAGGGGGAAAUGAUUAGGAAAACAAAGGCAAGAGAAAUGUAGCUUAAAUAAAUCUUAUAGCUUGUAGUCCACUGAUGGACACUUGAAACGUGCAGAGCUUGACCUGCAGAGCCUUAAGGAAGGCUGCCUUAAUGUUAUAGUUUUAUUACCUAGGUUUACUAAAGGUCAAGUAAGCUUUUGUUAUCUCUGUUGAAAUUUGUUAGCAAAAAGAGGACUUAAAAUGAUGGCUAAUUUUAUCUCAAGUUUUCCUGGGUGGGUAAUUGUUAAGAUAGCUUUCAAAGUCUUUGAUAGCCUGAAACUUUAAACUUUUGCUUGCACAAUAAAUGGGAUUAAAUUCACUGGAUAUUUAAUGAGAUAAAAUGUUAAAGCCUUGAUUACUAAACAUAGGUUUGUGCAUUUAACUUCUUUUUGUAGAGAAACUAAGGGUAUUUGGGUCUGUUGGUAAGCAUUCUUUGUGCUUAGUUGAUUCAUAAAAUUGCCAUCUAAAGAAUUCUGAUGUAAUAGUUCACAAUUGAUAACUACUUUGUUUUCAUUGGAGACUAAGGUUCUGCUAAAUUCAGUUAAGAUUGAUGGAAAUAAGGAAAGCAACUUUAUAUGUAAAAGUAGAUAUAUAAAAAAAUAAAAAAAACAGAAGCAAUUUUUGUUGGAGGCAAAAGAAAAUAAUUUUGCCCUAAAUGAGACUGGUUAGAGAGGAAUGGCUUGGGACAAAAUCUAUAUACAAAGGAAAGUUGUAGAAGGUUCUUGAAGGGAAAUCUUUGGAAAGGAAUAUUGUGUGAUCAUGAUGGACUAAGGUUAAAAUAAAUGGAUUUUAAAAGUACACUGGUAGAAGAUUAAAAUUCUGCUUUACUCUCUGUUAAAAAGACAACAUUUUCUUAGAUUGUUGGUCUGCUUCUGAUUAAGAGAAAAAAAAAGGAAAGGUCUUUUUUCUCCUUUGCCCAAAGAGAUGGCAAGAACUAUGAUUUUAACCGAAAGGGAAGGACAGCACGCCCUUUUCAGUUGUUUUGCUCAAGACUUGGUUGAAAUUGCUCCUCCUUUGAUCCAAAGUCUGGGUAGAUGGCUGCCAACCUCCAAAGGCUCCACUUUUAGAGGAAUGGAUGCCUGUAGAGGCAUAUGAGGGAUGGAUGACUAUGAUAUAUGAAAGGCUUUUACUGGGAUACAUGGGAGCCAUUUUGCUACACUUAGCUCAGUAUAUGCUCACUUGUACUUGUUGCCCACUGUAUUCAGGUCUUCCCCAUAAUGUGACAGGCAUGUUUCCCCUACAAGAAGCUAGAGUGCUGGAAAGAGAAACACAAGGAGGCACUACCAUGAUAAGAUUAUAAGUAGUUUUUUCAUUUUGAGAUUUGAGACAGAUAAAAGAAUAGGUAACUUUUCUGAUGAUCCAGAUAAGUGUAUAGAGGUUUUUCAGAAUAUUAGGUAUGUUUUUGAGUUGACCUGGAAAGAUAAAAUGCUUUUGUUGAAUCAGACUCUUAAUGAGACAGAGAAGUGUGGUGUUCUGGCCCCACCUGAGAGAUAUGAGGACAAGCAGCUUCUUAAUUAUCAUGGGACUGGAGGUCCUAUAGAGAACUCCCAGUUUCCUACUUGGGUUCAGGCAGUUGUACACCCCGAGAUCCUAAUUGGGACUAUGAUAAUCCCAUUGGGGGAUGGUAUCAUUGCCACUUCGAAGCUUGUGUUUUGGAGAAAGUAAGGAGAUCUAGAGUUAAACCCUUAAAUUAUGCUAAAUUAGCCCCUGUUUUACAGACACAGGACAAGAGCCUGGUGGUCUUUCUGGAAAGGUUAAGGUUAAAUAUACAGCUGUCUCCCCCUGAUACACCCUGAAGCUGAGACGAUUCAAAAGACAAAUUUGUCACUCCAUGAGUAGCAGAUACUCCAAGGGAGCUGCAAAAAUUGGCUCUUGGCCUGGAAGGAACCCUGGAGGAGCUCUUAUGAGCUGCCAAUUAGGUACAUUACAGUCAAGAUUAAGAGAAUAAGGAACGGGAAAGGAGAUGUAAAAAAAAAAAAAAAAAAAAAAAUCUAAGGCUUUACUAUGUCAGACCAGACUUCCCAAGGUCCUGGCACCAAGUGCUGUUUAUGUGGCUGUUCAGGGCACUGGAAAUGAGAAUGUCCUCAGAGGAGACAAAGUCAAAACCCUGUAAGCCAUACCCUUUGUGUGGAGACAAUCACUGGAAAAUCUGAAUGCCCUCAUGGACCUCAACAUUCGAGAGCUCAGAUAACCAGUGUCCCUGAAAGGAACGGAUGGGUCCUGGGGCUCUUCAUGGUGACUCCCCUGAAUCAUCUGUCUAUUGGAAACCCAGGGCCUUGGGUAACUCUAGAAAUAUAAGGAAAUCUGGUUGAUUUCCUUCUUGACACUGGAUCUUUCCACUCCCAGCCAACUAUCCAAACGCAGAGUAACAAUUCAAGAAAACUUAUGACUAAAUUUUUCUUUCAGCCACUGGAGUGCAUAUGGGGAGACUUUUUCCCCCCACAUUUUUUGAUAAUGCCAUAGAGCCCUACUCCCUUGCUAGAAAGAGACAUUAUGACUGAAUUAGGGACUAUAGUGCUACUAGCUCUAGAGGGGGUAAACAAUUUCCUAAAUUUAUAGUAAUCUGGAUAUAGAAGAUCAAUCUUUCUUUGAGGUAAAAUUAAUUAUGCCUCAUGGAGUUGUUCCUAUGGAAACUGGAUGGCCAAAGGAAGAUUUGAGAAUUGAGAACCAAAAAUUAGUUCAAAUAUUUAAUUAUUCUAAACAACAAUAUCACAAGAUUGAAAUAAAUAUGGAAGAGGAAGGAAAAGCUAUGGUUAAAUUAAAAAAAAAAAAGAAAAUGACCAGACAGGUUAGGGAUCUUGUGGAUGACUACGGUUGCAUCUUUACUUUCCAUGGUGUGACCUCCUCCCUAGGAGACAUUGCAUUUGGAAUAUUAAUGCUUGUUGGUCUAAUACUCUUUUAAAAUUUUUUUUCUUUUUGUAUGUUAUUUGUAGAAGCUUUGCAUAUGCCAGAAAAAUAAGAAAAUUUUGCUAGCCCAGAUGUCCCAAAUACCCUCCCAUUAUUUUGGACCUCAGGAUUGAGCUCUGAACCUGCCCUGACUGCUGUACUCCUGUCAUUGCCCCCUUUCAGCAGGAAGCAGUUGUUGUCCCAAUUCCUAAUGGCAGUUAGGAGUCAGGUGUUCAAAGAGGGGAAUAUGAUAGGAAAAGAUGGGAUUAAUAGGCAAAGAGGGAAAGGUUAGGACCUGAGGUCCCUGGGUUGAAAACAAAAGCAAAACAUAUUUUAGAACAAUGCUGGGAGGCCGACCACAGCAGACCCCCUCAGGCUUAAGAUUGCUCUUAAAAAAAAAACAAAUGUCCCUGCCUUGUGCCCAAAUUAACCUUUAAAUGAAAAUGGAAUCAACUUAGAAGAGGAGGGAUUGUGAGAAUUGAGUGAGAUGAUUCAUUUUCAGAAAUAUCAAAUUAAAUCUGUGCUGUCUAGUUAACAAUAGGUUAAUAACCUAUUGGAAAUAGGUACUAACCACCCCCCUCCCCUUCGACCACCCUGUGGAGUGUCAAACUCUUAAAUACUUCACUUCCUGGUUCUUCUUCCCCUCUCCAUUUUGUGGUCUUAUUUUUGAGGGCUUUGCAAUGAGCACUUGCCAAAGAACUGAAGUCUCUGUGCCUUACCUAAAGGAAUGUACAUUUGUUCCAGUCAGACUACCUUUUGCCUUACAUGGGCAUAGACGACACCCAGGUAAGGCUGUAACCUCUGUAGUACUCAGCCAAUGAGGAAUCGGGGGAGGGACUUCAGGCUAAGAGAUAAAUUGCCUGCUGUAACUGUCCCAACUGUGCCUGCCCAUCAGACACUCCUUCUUGCAAGAAAGUUGAUUAAAGCCUUGCUUCACUGUCCCUGAGUCUCUGCUUCCCUACUUUGAUUGGGUCAGUGGGCAUAUUUCUCACACUCCAUAAGCUCAUUUUCCUCCUAUUCUUUGCUUACCUAGUCCUCUUUCCAAAGUGAACUGUUUGCCUUAUUUACUGUGUCUUACUCACCUUUUUUGUUCAUUUACAUAAUCGUGUCUUUCAUUCCCUUGAAGAAUGCUCUUCAGAUCCUUCUUGUACUUUGGGACCCAGCUCACAUCCCUAAUAAGUUUCUCCCUUCUUUGACCACCCGAGGCUCUUUAUCUGUACUUCUCUUAGAGCACUUACUUCCUUCUAUUUUGAAUCACAUGUAUUUAUCAUUUCUCUGAGACUUUACAUAUAUCUGUGUUAUCUUUAUAUCUUCCAUAUUAUUGAUCAGCUAGUUGGUUCCCAGUAGGUAACCGUCAACUGCAUAAUUAAAUGUUCUGUAGUAAAUAGAUCUCACUUUCCUAGGAGCGGAUCAGUUGAUCUAAUUAAAUUAAUCCAUAGCUAAUGCUAGCUCUUUGGCUCACCAUAGAGUCAAGUUCUGCAGUUAUAGCUUUAUAUUUAAAUGUGACCAUGGAUAAAUUUAAAUUUCCUACAGGAAAUGCUCUGCUUUCUUUUUAACUUCUCUUUUUAAACUGUCAUUUUCUGGAUAAAUAAUUUAGAAUGUAGUUCUAGAAAGUUUUCUACCUGCAUUGGACUAGACAUGUUGGCAUGUCCUGAACCAUCUCCUAAGAUCACUAAAGAAACUAAGGAAGGCUGGGAUAGAAGUUUUACUGAGAGGGACUGCCCCUUGCGAGAUAACUCUUCCCCUGAGAAUCCUGAACCUUAGCCUUAUAGUGGGAUUAACCAGAAACUGUCUUUGUGAGUGUCAUAUACUGACAACUAUACUGGACAUUGACUCCAGGGGAAGGUGGAAUGAACUUUGGAGGGAGAUGAUGAGGAAAAGGUCACUAAUGCUGUGAAGAACUUUAUGGACUUAUGUAGGAAAGCUCGACUCUCUUGUUCGUUUCAGUAUAUUCUGUAAGUAGGACUGUUUCAUCAAAGAAAGAGAAUAUGAAUGUUCAGCCCCUUUUGGAAAGGACCAGCAGAAAAACUACAAUUAUUACUUAUCUUUGUUCCUUUCAAUAAAUCUCCUUCAUUCCUUUUUUGGGUUUAGCUUUUUCCUGGAGAAGGCUACAGACUGGAGAGGGCUACAAAUUCUUGAGGCUAAGCAUUUUUAGUUAAAUGGCCAUCUCUACGUAAUAGAGUACAUAUUUGGGGUUAACUGGAGGUGUUUUAGCUCCCUCAUCUAUAGAAUUGCAGUGAAUGCAUUUUGGUGGGGUAUGAACAGGAGCAGAAGCCUGCAGGAAGGAGAUGCUCAGACAUUUCCAGAGAAGGAAUGAUAGAACACUUAAAACUCCCUUGAUUUCUUUAAUAAGAACAUUCUAGGGAAUCCUAAUUUCCCAGAGACGCUUCCUGCUCUAGACUCUAGCAGAAGAUGUGGCAUGACAGGUCUCUUUCUCCACCUCAGGCUUUUCCUCUGCAGUCCUGUGAGAGUUGCAGGACAGGCCUGCUUCGAUCUGCUAAUCUCUAGGAGUACAGUGUUGUUUUAUUGUCUAUAGUGUUUUCUUUCUGCCUUGUUUUAUAGACUGGUCAAAGGAAUGGAUUUUACAGAGGCUUACUCUGACACAUGCUCCACGGUUGGACUUGCUGCCAGGGAAGGCAAUGUUAAAGUCUUAAGAAAACUGCUCAGAAAGGGACGUAGCGUUGAUGUUGCUGAUAACAGGGGAUGGAUGCCAAUUCAUGAAGCAGCUUAUCACAACUCUGUAGAAUGUUUACGGAUGUUAAUUCAUGCAGAUUCAUCUGAAAACUACAUUAAGACAAAGACAUUUGAGGGCUUUUGUGCCUUACAUCUUGCUGCAAGUCAAGGACAUUGGAAGAUUGUACACAUUCUUUUAGAAGCUGGGGCAGAUCCUAAUGCAACUACUUCAGAGGAAACCACACCGCUGUUUUUAGCUGUUGAAAAUGGACAUAUAGAUGUGUUAAGGCUGUUGCUUCGAUAUGGAGCAAAUGUUAAUGGAUCCCAUUCUAUGUGUGGAUGGAACGCUUUGCAUCAGGCUACUUUUCAGGAAAAUGGUGAAAUCAUAAAAUUGCUUCUUAAGAAAGGAGCAGACAAGGAAUGCCAGGAUGACUUUGGAAUCACACCUUUAUUUGUGGCUGCUCAGUAUGGCAAGCUAGAAAGCUUGAGCAUACUUAUUUCAUCGGGUGCAAAUGUCAAUUGUCAAGCAUUGGAUGAAGCUACUCCCUUGUUCAUUGCUGCUCAGGAGGGCCACACAGAAUGUGUAGAGCUUUUGCUGUCCAGUGGGGCAGAUCCUGAUCUUUACUGUAAUGAGGAUGAUUGGCAGUUACCUAUUCAUGCAGCUGCACAAAUGGGCCAUACAGAAAUCUUGGAAUUGUUAAUACCACUUACCAACCGCGUUUGUGACACUGGGCCAGACAAAGUGAGCCCCGUUUACUCUGCAGUGUUCGGAGGGCAUGAAGAGUGCCUAGAAAUGUUACUCCAGCAUGGCUACAGCCCAGAUGCCCAGAUGUGCCUCAUCUUUGGGUUCAGCUCUCCCAUGUGUAUGGCUUUCCAAAAGGACUGCGAGUUUUUUGGAAUUGUGAAUAUACUUUUGAAAUAUGGAGCCCAGCUUAAUGAACUUCAUCUGGCAUACUGCCUGAAGUAUGAGAAAUUUUUAGUAUUUCGCUACUUUUUGAAGAAAGGUUGUCCAUUGGCACCAUGGAACCAUAUUUCUGAAUUUAUAAGUCAUGCAAUUAAAGCACAGACAACAUAUAAGGAAUGGCUGCCAUCUCUCCUGCUUGCUGGCUUUGACCCACUGAAUCUACUCUGCAGUUCAUGGAUUGACUCAGUCAGUGAUGACAUCCUUAUCUUCACUUUGGAGUUUACUAAUUGGAGGACACUUCCUCCAGCUGUUGAAAAGAUGAUCUCCACUCGUGCCUCAAACUCGUCUCGGGCUCUGCAGCAGCAUAUUGCCUGUCUUCCAUCCCUUACUCACCUUUGUCGUUUGGAAAUUCGGUCCUGUCUCAAACCAGAACACCUACGAUCUGACAGUUUUAUCUGUCAGUUGCCACUUCCCAGAAGUCUACAUAAUUACUUGCUCUAUGCAGAGGUUCUGAGGAUGAAUGAAGUUCCAGCACUGACAGCUAUUGAAGAUGGAGAAAUCAAUGAAGCUACUUAAUGCAGCUCCUGUCUUACUCUGAAAACUACCAAAACAAAGAGCCAUGCAGUACAAAUUCUUCAUGAUUUCAUAGUCAUAAAAGAUGAUUUUUGUUUGUGUGGUUGGUUAGGUUUUGCAGGGUCAGUAGUUUAAUGUAAAUGUUUACAAUUGGGCUUUCUGGUAAAAAAUACUAAAAACUUCACUUAUGUUACUUUAUUGCAGAUUCACCAGCACAUUUUAUGUUGUAAAUUCAUUUAUGUAACUGUUUUCCACUUUAUUCUGUUAAUGAACUAUGAGGCUGCUUCUAGUGCUGAACAUGGCAUAUUUCCAUUUACAAUUCUGUGUUUACCUCGGGCUAGGAGCUUAGAAUGGACUGCAUAAAACUUUCCUGGAAGUGUACACAUAAUGGGGUUGAAGCUAUCAUCAUCAUUAUUAUUAUUAUUAUUAUUAUUAUUAUUUUAUUUAAGGUUGACUAUCUCUUAUGUUUAUAAAUAAGUCCAUUCUCAUCUCUUAAUUUGGUCAGUUCUAUGAAGAAUUGCUAUUCAUUGGCUUUUCACAGAUAAACUCAGGGGAGAAUUUUUUUUAAAGAAUAUAGAAAAUGAAUAAUUUUGCUGUUGUUGUUAGUUUUACCCCACAGUUCCUUGAUACUGUCUUUGGUUAAAAGAAACUCCAUUUCUGCAAUGACAAGAACAGAUCUAAACUCAAAGAUAGGCUCAGUUGAAAAAAAUUAGGUCAGUAUUGAAAUAAAUGAGCAUUUAACCACAUUUAGAGUACUAAUCAGGAGACUAACAGGGGCAUUUCUGUGGCACCAUCUUUAAAGAAAGAAAGCUAUGUAUUUCUGAGUCUCAUAGUAUCAAAUAAAACAUUCAAGCUCCAUUCAGCCUCUAUAUCAGAGGGCAGCUUUGAUCCUAUGAAGCAAUGACUGCCAGAUAUAUUCAUAUUAUAGUGUUUUUCCUUUUUAUUAUCUAGAUAGGUUAUAAAAUAGUCCUUGAUCCUAUGAAAUUCAGACCUCAGAAUCCUAGGGUAAUGAGACACCACCUCACUGGUUUUACAGUUGUUCAGUAUGAAUCUAUAGUCAGAGAGGACUAAACAUUGGAUCAGGAGAGCUACGGUAAGAAGCUGUCAGGACCAACCUUGAAAGAAAAUUUAUGAAAGCAUUACUGUCAUGACAGACAACUAGAAAUUGGGUCCAGAGGAGGGCAGGUCUUCUAUCCUGUUGGGAUUCUGUGGAUUGAAAUAGAUGGGAGUGUGUCAGGUGCAUCUCUGAAAGGCCUUUGCUAUUUGAUAAUAGCAGUGGAUGAAGUCAGACCAAAUGAUGGAAGCAAUGUUAAGGUCCAGAUGGAUGACUGAACUCCGUGCAGAUUAGAGCUAUAGUUGCUGCCUGUGGGUGGAGAUAGAGUUUGAAUGUGGGUAUACAGGCAGAAAUAAGUAUAGAUUUGGAAAACCAGGUGGAAAUUCUGAUACUUAAUAAAGAAAUUCCAAGGAUGUAUGUACUAUGUAGUAAUUUUUAAAUGUCCUAAUCUUUAUUUUUCCAAACUCCAAGUCUGAUUUUUAACAUAACUGGUUUAUUAUUACAGCUAGAUGCACAUAGAAUGUUUACAUUUGAGGGUGAAUCUUCUCGUGUUUUUGUUCAUGUUCAAAUAUGUAAUAAAAAACUAUCCAUAACAUCAUUGAGCUCUUGUUCUUAAAAAUCUGAAAAUGGGGGCACCUGGGUGGCUCAGUCAGUUAAGCAUCUGACUCUUGGUUUUGGCUCAGAUCACGAUCUCACAUGGUUCAUGAGUUUGAGCCCUGCAUUGGUCUCUGUGCUGACAGUGUGGAGCCUGCUUAGGAUUAUCUCUCUCUCUCUCUCUCUCUCUCUCUCUUUUCCUUUACCUCUCCCUCCCUCUCUUGCUCCUUCUCAAAAUAAAUAAACUUUAAAAAUUUUUACAUAUUUAUGAUUUUUAUGACUUACAACAAGGAUUCAGUGAGAAAUGCGAAAGUACCUACAGGUAGUGAGUUAGUUAAAUCUAGAUCAAAUCUAGAUCAAAAUGAUACCUCUGGUUAGUGUGAACCAUAAGCUCUGACCUACAUGCACAAUAGUGCUUUAAUACUGUACAUUUUUAUUUUUAAAAUAUUUGUGCAAAAAUAAACUCAAAAUGGAUGAAAGACAAAUGUAAGACAGGAAGAAAUCAAAAUCCUCGAGAAAUCUUUCCUCGAGGAAAGAAAUCAUAAACCUCUUUGAUCUUGGCCACAGCAACUUCUUACUCAACACGUCUCCAGAGGCAAGGGAAACCAGCAAAAAUGAACUAUUGGGACCUCAUCAAAAUAAAAAGCUGCUGCACAGCGAAGGAAGUGAUCAGCAAAACUAAAAGGCAACUCAUGGAAUGGGAGAAAAUAUUUGCAAAUGACAUAUCAGAUAAAGGGCUAGUAUCCAAAAUCUAUAAAGAACUUAUCAAACUCAACACCCAAAAAACAAAUAAUCCAGUGAAGAAAUGGGCAAAAGACAUGAAUAGACACUUCUCCAAAGAAGACAUCCAGAUGGUCAACUGACACAUGAGAAGAUGCUCAACAUCACUUAUCAUCAGGGAAAUACAAAUCAAAACCACAAUGAGAUACCACCUCACACCUGUCAGAAUGGCUGACAUUAACAACUCAGGCAACAACAGAUGUUGGUGAGGAUGCAGAGAAAGAGGAUCCCUUUUGCACUGCUGGUGGGAAUGCCAACUGGUGCGGCCACUCUGGAAAACACUAUGGAGGUUUCUCAAAAAAUUAAAAAUAGAAAUACCCUAUGACCCAGCAAUUGCCCUACUAGGUAUUUAUCCAAGGAUACAGGUAUGCUGUUUCGAAAGGGCACAUGCACCCCAAUGUUUAUAGCAGCACUAUUAACACUAGCCAAAGUAUGGAAAGAGCCCAAAUGUCCAUCGAUGGAUGAAUGGAUAAAGAAGAUGUGGUAUAUAUAUAGAAUGGAGUAUUAAUCAGCAAUCAAAAAGAAUGAAAUCUUGCCAUCUGCAACUAACUACAUGGAUGGAACUAGAGGGUAUUAUGCUAGGUGAAAUUAGAGAAAGACAAGUAUCAUAUAACUUCACCCAGAUGAGGACUUUAAGACACAGAACAGAUGAACACAAGGGAAGGGAAGCAAAAAUAAUACAAAGAUGGGGCGGGGGACAAAACAUAAGAGACUCAAAUAUGGAGAACAAGAAUGAUUUCUGGAAGGGUUGUGGGAGGGGGGAUGGGCUAAAUGGGUAAGGGGCAUUAAGGAAUCUACUGAAAUUGUUGCACUAUAUGUUAACUACCUUGGAU